ACCCAAAUUUAACCUAAAUCUAUCAUCUUUGAUCUCUCCUUUCUGUCGACUCUCCUCUCAGUCUCCACCAUCCUCCUCGCCUCCUAUCUCUGUUGCCGCUCCCACCACUCCCCCAGUGCCCCCAACAGCAACCACCACCACCACCGCAGCAACCACACACCUCGACGCCUGGCUGAAGCUGAACGGCUCGUGCCCGGUUUCCAGGAACUUGCCGCUGCCAACCCCGCUGUCCACGCCGCUCUCGGAGGUCGUUUCACUCUCGCAGUACGCCGCGGAUCGGAGGCGGAGGAGGUGAUAAGAUUUGUAAUUAACAAGAUCUCUUCGCAAACUUAUCGACAAAGCCAUGACGCUGUCAGACGAGGAAAUCAAUAGGCUUUUUAGGAUUCGAAGAACGGUGAUGCAAAUGUUGAAGGACCGGGGUUAUUUUGUUGGGGACUUUGAGAUUGACAUGACCAAAGAGCAGUUCAAGGAUAAGUACGGUGAGAACAUGAAAAGGGAAGAUCUUGUUAUCAAUAAAGCCAAGCGAAACGAUAGCUCUGAUCAGAUAUAUGUUUUCUUCCCUGAGGAACCGAAGGUUGGUGUUAAGACAAUGAAGACUUACUCUCAACGCAUGAAGGCAGAGAAUGUUUACAAAGCAAUCUUGGUGGUUCAACAAAGUUUGACUCCCUUUGCUAAGAGCUCCAUAAAUGAGAUUUCUUCAAAAUUCCAAUUGGAUGUUUUCCAGGAGGCAGAGUUGUUUGUAAACAUUAAAGAGCAUGUUCUUGUUCCUGAGCAUCAGGUGCUUACAAGUGAGGAGAAGAAAACUUUGCUGGAGAGGUACACGGUGAAAGAAACACAGCUGCCUCGUAUUCAACUGAAUGAUCCGGUCGCAAAAUAUUAUGGGCUGAAGCGUGGACAAGUCGUGAAGAUAAUCCGGCCAAGUGAGACUGCAGGCCGAUACGUCACGUACCGUUAUGUUGUAUAGGAAGGUGUUGCAACCGGACUUGAGUGGAAAGUGUUCAUUGCCCCUGUCCAAAUGGCCAUAGAACCAAAGUCUUUAACAAUUUACUAAUUUUUUGUGCUAAUAUUAAGGUCAACUGUAUAUAAACAUUUGGGUUGAUGCAAAUGUUUCUAUCUGGGUUAGGGGUGAGGAUUGGGAGGAUUUUGUGUCCUUUUUAUUCUUAUUUAGUGAAAUUUUUGGUUACCAAAAUUAAUGUGAUUUAUUUUUCUUCUA